CAGCACACUAUUCUUCUGCUUUUCAUUUUAAACAAAGGUUGAUAAUGUGCGAUGAAUUCUGUUUUGAAGAGGUACAGUACUGCUGAGAAGGUUUGCAGGCCUGAAAUAGCGAGCUGUACAGUACAAAACCUUAUAAAUUGAUUUUCCCCAAAAAUUUCGCACACUGAUGUCUCGAAGAGAUGAGUCCCUUUCAUAAUUUUAUCAGGUUUUUCAUUUAUCAUUUUCGAUAUUUUGGCUCUAAAAUUCGAGGAAGUAGAAAAAAUCGCUUAAAAUUGUCUACUUUCUGAUGAUCCCAUACUUUUUAAUCCGUGGAUCCAAAAUCUAAAGAAAAAGUUUAAAUUUUAAUUUAACAAAUGACGGCAUCGAACAGCUACGAUUUCAAAUAUGCAAAGUAGUUUUUUAGGAUAAUUUAAAAGCUGGUUGCAUGCCGUUUAAAGCAAUUUGCAAAUAUGUCUGAUUUCAUAUAAAAUGUUUUUAAAAUUCACAUAAUUGUAAAAUGUAGCUCUGGAAAUAAUAUAAACACUAAAGGGCAACGACUUAAAUAAUUUUCACAAACUUUCCCACCAGUUUACGGCUUUUGCACUUAAGUGAUAACAUUUUCUGAUACGUUGUAAAAGCAGCGGUGGUUUCCAUUAUUUUUCCAGCGGCUCGCAUGCGCGCAAAAAGCAAAAGCGGCUCGUUGUCAACACUCGGCUUGUGCCGUCAGUGCUAUAUUUCUCGGGCCAUGCCACCGGCGAAGGAUAAAAUCAUCUCGGGCUCUAUGCUAGCGACUCCACCGGCCACCACCAUCCGUGAAAUCACCUGAAUUCCCUGUCACUUCGGCGCCAACUCAUCAACAUGUGAUGGCAGCAAAAUACUCCGAUUUUGUAACAGCAAAGAGCGCGAUGAUGUCCAGGAGCCGCCGUAUCGGCUACUACCUCGUGUGGCUGCUGGGCGCCGCGACAUGCUACGUGCUCUUUGUGGCGCUGCUGCAGCACCAGCAUCUGCAGGAGGAGUCGGUGCAGGUGCAGGUGCAAGUUAGUGUGCAAGUGAAGGAGUAUCCAGCGGCAGACAACACAGUGCCAGAAAACCCAACUACCUCCCCCAAUUCGCCUCGGACGCACAGACUGAAUGCCCUGAACGACGACUACCAGAAGCUCAUUGACCUGCCCGACUUUUCCUUCCUCCUCAACACCGAAUGCCCUGAGGACCCUGGCCCGCUGGUGGUUGUCGUGCACACCGCCCCCACGCAUUUUGAGUAUCGAGAGGCCAUCCGCUCGACCUGGGGCUCAUCGACCAAGGCCAAGUUGGUGUUCAUGCUCGGAGCCGUCAGCAAUGAGACUUUACAAUGGAAGCUGGAGAACGAGAGUCUGCAAUACGACGACCUAGUGCAGGGCUCCUUUGAAGACAGCUACAGAAACCUGACCUACAAGCAUGUGAUGGCCUUCAAGUGGGUUAAGUACCACUGCAAAGGGUACCAGCACGUCCUCAAGACUGACGACGACAUCUACGUUAACCUCCAACGACUGAUCAACUUUGUCCAGAAGGGCGUCUUCACGGGCAACCGCCAUGUAUUCUGUGACUAUAUUAAGCACGCUGCGGUGAAGCGUUCCUGGCGUUCCAAAUGGCAUGUCUCGUUUUCAGAGUACAAACAAACGUUCUACCCGACGUACUGCCCAGGCUGGCUUGUGCUUUACAGCCAGGAUUUAAUCGAAAGGCUGUACUCGUUGGCGCAGAAUCAACGUUUCUUUUGGAUAGAUGACGUCCAAGUGACCGGCAUCUUGGGCAGAAAGGCCGGAAUCACACACAAGCCCAUCCAACAAUGGAUGAUGUCACUGGAAAUGUACAAGGACAAAUUGAUUGGGGUCCUUUCCCCUGAAGAGCAGUGCGAAUAUUUCAAGAACGUCCUGUUUGGACCAAACGAACUUACACCUAAGCUAAUCAGAAUAUUGUGGAAAGCUUUAAAAGACUGUCCGAGCUGAGAUUGUGCAUUCGCUGCGGCCAAUUAAGACAUUGAAGGUUUUUCAACCUACUUUCAACCCCUAUGUUCUGCUCAGGAAGUUUUAUUCUUUUAAAUAAAUAUGUGAUCUCGUUAGGGCUGUAGCUGAAGAGCAUCUAUUCUUACGUUUCAUAGUCAUUGUUAUGUCAAGUAAGAAAACGUCUGUCUGUGUAGAUUUAAUGCAAAAGUAGAUUAUAUUUUAUAUUGAAUGUUCCGAUGAGACUUAGAUUUGCAAAUAGUCAAUUCAUUCUACAGUCAAGUGUCAAAGAUGCCAACAAACAGACUGCCAUAUAGUCAUUCUUUAAUAGCAACUGAAUUAAAUUAUAUAAAA